AUGUGCCUGCUCGCUUUCUUCUGGCUUCCAAGCUACCCCAGAUGCUGCUGGAGGAUCUGGAGGGGACAUCAGCAGAGCCCUGGUCCCUCCUUCGCAACGUGCCUUCUCCUCACCUUCUCCUUCCUGCUGACGUCUGCAGGUGAGGACGACAGUGACAAGGUGCUGAGGGGUGAUAAGUGUGCGCCCCACUCCCAGCCAUGGCAGGUGGCCCUCUUCGAGCAUGGACGCUUUAACUGCAGUGGUUCCCUCAUCUCCCCGCACUGGGUGCUCUCUGCAGCCCAUUGCCAAUCGCGGUUCGCCCGCACAGCUCCACGAGAGCUGCGCCAGCGCGAUGGCCCGGAGCAACUGCGGGCUGUUUCUCAUGUCCCACAUGCGCAUUAUGAAGCGCAGAGCCACCGUCAUGAUAUCCUGUUACUGCGUCUAACCCGGCCCGCGCGCGUCUCUACCAAAGUGCCCCGGGUCCCGCUGUCCACGCGCUGCCCCCAGCCCAGCGAGGCCUGUGUGGUGUCUGGCUGGGGCUUGGUGUCCGACAACAAGCCUGGGGCCACAGGGAGCCCCGUGUCACAAGUGAGACUCCCAGAUACGUUGCAUUGGGCCAACAUCAGCAUUAUCUGGACCACAUCUUGUAACAAGGACUAUGCAGGGCGCCUGGUGAACACCACGGUGUGUGCGGGCGUGGAGGGCAGAGGCACGGACUCCCGUGAGGGUGACUCCGGGGGACCCCUGGUCUGUGGGGAUGUCCUGCAGGGCAUUGUGUCCUGGGGUGAUGUCCCCUGCGACACAACCACCAAGCCCAGUGUCUAUACCAAAGUCUGCAGCUACUUGGAGUGGAUCAAGGAAACCAUGACGAGGAACUGACUAUUCUGGCCUACCACCUGUGUCCCUGACUACACAGAAGCCCCCAUGGCUGGCCAGCAGCCCCAGCUUGACCUGGAACAGAACUGGGCCAUCCCCUAAGACCCCGUCCAAGACCCAGAGGUUAGCCAAGGACUUGCCCAUCUGAUACCAGAGCUGGUGCUCCAGGUCACCUGUUUGAUACCAGAAUAACAGAAAACACUGAUGCAAGUUUCUCUGUGGAAGUUUCUGCAACUUACUUCUGGGGAUGAAGAGAAAUGGGGGCCACAGACUGGGUGGGGAACUCACAGCCACUAUAUACUGUUCCUUUUCACCCACUGCCCUGAUGUUCAUUCAGCAUCUAGGACCGGCUAUUUGAUUUUGAGCCAAAGACCCAACCUCAGUCAGCCUGGAUUUCCCCCAUCUCAUAUUGCUUUCCU